CAAAAAACUGUGACUGUUAUCAGCCGCAAUUUUUCGAAUGAAAGCCACGCAGAGGCAAUCCGUUCUUGGAAGCAGGAACAUGGCAAAAAGUAAUUAUUCUGCAGGGUUGGAAGUUGCUCCUCGAAUGAAAGGAGAAGAGGAGAUUCAUCCAUCUGAAGGAAAAAAAACAAGGAUUAUUGGCAAUAGAGACUGGUUAAGAUCAUCUUCCAGUCCCUAAAUGAGGAGUUUUUAUGAUCCAUGACACGCUCAUCAGUCAGGAGUUAUUCCCCACCACCCACUUUUCAGCACGGCGGUUACAGAAAAAUAAAUAAUCCGCUAAGCACUUCUUCUUAUUGUCACGCCUUUACUUUCCUCUUCUUUCACUAUAUUGCCUUACGAGAAGGCAGCUCACUAGACUUGACCCCCUUACCUUCACUCUUCCAGUCAGCUACUGCCAUGUUUAAACCCAUAUCAAGCAUAACCAAGCUGACCACCUCAACGUUAAAGUCAUGUGCCAUGGCGGCCGCAUCCACAUUCAACUCAUUGGCCAUUCAUGCCUCCGGUGGCGAUUUACCAAGUCAAGCAACCAUUGACUUUUGGGUGGCGGACACGCAGCGUGGCCUUGACGCAUUUUUCAAUGAUCAAUUCGACACGGCACAACAUAUUUUCACUCAAUAUGCUGCUGAGUCACCAUUCCAUGCUGUAGGCUAUGCUUUAAUGGGGUAUGUGGAAGCAAUGCUGGGUUUCGAAACCGAAAGGAUUACAGUUGCGCUGGCACGACUGUCUGAGGCACAAGCACUGGCACACUCCUUUGCCAAACGAGCCAAGAGCGGCAAAGAUUAUUCUCAUCAUUCCAAAAAGACCGCUGACAAUUCAAGCGAUAUAGACGUUAAUAAUCUGGAUAUAGGCUCGGAUUCUUCAAUAUGUUUCCAACCGAGGUCUUCGACUAGCUCCAACGACUCCGAUAUGUCGGACCAGGAGACUAGGAGAUCGAGUGCACGGUUUGAAAAAGAGCGAAAGGAACGGUUUGCAUCAUCUAAAGGUGCAGCAACCGAGUUAGACUAUGAACUAUUAGAGGCAAACUGCAUGUUGAUGUCCGCCACCAUUCAAUUCUUACGUGACAACUGGAUAGAUUACAUGAAAGCGGCAUACAAGCUUCGGAAAGCUUAUCGAAUGUACGAGCAUAUGUUUGAAAAUAUUACUGGAAUUUCAACAGAAAAAUACGCCUCCAAGCUAAGAAAGACCAUGAAAAAGCAACAGAACUCUCAAUCUAAACCAAAACUGCGAACUCAUCGAAUUAAUUCAGUGCCUAUUUCGACAGUGGACGUGGCUGGAAGGAGCAUACAUCCACGAUCUAUCUCACCUUCUCUAACUGCAACCCUACUAUCUGCUAGCCCUCCUCCAACACCUUUACCAACAGAGUACCAUCCUUCAUCCACCUCACUACCAGACAACAGCAGCUUCUUUUCUGAUCUUACAGAUUCUUACAAACUUCCUUCGCCAGGAGAACCUCCUUCAUCACCUUCAUUCGCAGCCAUCCUGGCCAACACCCAAUUCGAAGCACCGAAGGAUAAGAAAAGCACCCAACAUCCGUCCAACGAAACCAUCAAAUCUGCCAAGCAAAGAAAGCGUGCGUCUCUUCCUCUCUUCGGAAAUGAAUGUUUAAACGAUUUCGAAAGUGAUAUCCGAUGGCAGUCUGGAACAAGCGAUCUCGGCGGUUCCAACGUAUCCAUCGCUACGGUAGACAAGGCUCUCCAAAGUGGAGUAUUUUUCGGUGUUGGCUUAUUCGCUCUCAUUUUUUCGCUGCUUCCACCUAAAGCAAACAAGCUACUAAACACUUUGGGAUUCCACUCAUCUCGACCUUUCGCUCUGCAUCUGCUCCAUACAUCCUAUUCAAGUUCCGGACUCUACUCGCCUUUGAGCGCAUUAACUCUUCUCGCCUACUAUACCAAUCUGUCCUUGUUUGUUCAUCCGCAACUCCUUCCCUAUUCCUUAAGAUUUCAAGAUGCUAGAACGAUGUUGGACAAAAUGAAAGAAAAAUAUCCAAAUGGUAGGAUAUGGAUGUUGGUGGACGGUAAACUUUGCAAAUUGGAAGGGUUUACCCGAAGAGGGGUCGAAACCCUCAGAGAUGCACGCCGUAAAGAUAGUGUUGUCCGCGUGGAGGACCAAAAUAUCACAGCAACAUUUUCCAGCAGUAGUAAGGCUGGUAAAGUCACCGGGCCAAGCAACGAUUUCCCGCGAUCACGUAUGCAACAAGAGUCAAUGAAUGGUGGUAUGGCUCAACUUCAGGCCCUCGCGGUUUACGAGAUGGGAUGGGGUCAGAUAUGGCUUGGAGACUACUUUCAAGCAUCGGAAACUUUUUUUCGGCUGGAAAGUAUGAACAACUGGUCACGGGCAUUCUAUCAUUAUAUAGCAACAUGCUGCAUGUUCGCAGAUGAGGAAUACGAUAAGGCAGCGAUCGAGUUCUUACAAAUUCCCGAUAUUUUACGUCGACAGAAACAACUCGGAGGUCGACUGCUGCCUAAUGAAAUCUUUGCAGAACGAAAGAUUCUUGGUUGGAAGAAAAAAGCGGAAUUGCUGGAUGCUAAUCGGGAGGGGCACGCCCCGUCACCCACACAAGGAGGGACGCCUCAUGGUCAAAGUUUAAAUGGAGACGCUUUGCGACAGACUGUCGUCGUUAACCCACUAUGGGAAUUGAUUUAUCUUUGGAAUGGCAUACCCCAUGUCAACGCCGAUGUGUUGAUGCAGAUGAAAACCAAGUUGCAAACUCAAAUCGCCAAAGUCUCUGACACUAUUCGACAGCAGGCCGCCUACAAUGAUGCUCAAAAUCCAAACUUGUCGCAAGAUGGACAAUCGGAUGCCGCUAUACUAUAUUUGCUGUACGCCACAGUCAUACGAGAACUGGGAAACCUUGAGGAAUCCAAGGAAUAUUUGAGCAAAUUAAUAGCCCUGGACAAGCAAAUCCAUGAGGAUCGAUGGGCAAUUGCAUAUGGCAUGUAUGAAAUGGCCAUUGUCGCUGCUAUGGAACAAAACAAAACUGAAGAGGCUAGGAAAUGGGUUCGCAAAGCUGAGAAUUUCUUCCAAGGCACUUCCUAUCACCAGGCUCACGCACCGAGCGAUCUUGGAUCUAACAAUGGUGAUUAUGAUUGGGAGAACCGCUUACAUGUCAGAUGCCAACUACUUCUCGAACGACUAGACGAAAUGUGAAUACAGUCGCUCGUUAUUUUUAUAACUAUUUUCUUUUACCAAAACACCUUCACUUUACCGACCUUAGCUAUACCCUUUACCCUUGCAAAUGUUAACUCCGCCAUUGUAUCCAUAAUCCAUUAGGCUCUAUCGGCAGGGCAUAUGACCUUUAUGUUUCCAAAAAAUUGUUGUAUAAAGUUUCCUCCCCCCCCCAA